AUGGCUAUGGACAUCAAAAUCAACGGGAGACUACUCCCACAAGAUAACCCUGGCGCCCUCUUUUUCAGAAAGGCAUUCUCAGAGUCCCUAUUAUGGCCGUCACUUAUGUUUUCGGUCGUAGACACUCGGAAACCCGACCUGGCCACCAUUGAGCUUGCAUUGAUGUGCAAGCUUGUCAAUGCACUUCUGCCCCAACUUUCUCACGUGCUGGUGGAGCACUUGGAGCGUCUAAACAUUAUAAUCGAGUACUGGACGCCCGCCGCCAAUUGCUACAUGGAUCGCAUGAACCGCCAUUUUCAGUAUUUAUUGGCGUCACUUGCGCUCCAUUUGGAGUACUCGUAUCCCUUUGUGUUUUCCUUUUAUGGCAAGCACUUGGUGCGCUUAAACAUUGAGAACUUGCUUCGCGUGCACUCGUAUCUCAGCGCGCUGGAUUGCGCAGAAGAAAAGGGCCCGCCCUUAGCUGAGAUGGUUCUUCUUCGACUCCAGCGGUCCAUUUUGGACGAGUUCAACUCGUUGAAUAUCAUGAAAGAAUGCGAUUUUAGCAGCCACCGCUUACGGCAGUGCAAGGAUUCUUGGCUGAAACAUGAUUUCACCUAUCGCUCCAUCAAAUGCAUGGUGUUUUCGCCCAGUAUGCUUAGUGACUUGCACAAUGGGUUAAGUCCCGCGCCCGAAGCACCCAUUUAG